UUUUCUGUGAUUAAUGAGUGAUGAUGCGAAAACUUUUUUUUCUAUGAAAUUGUCAUCAUUUUGGGUCGAAAAAAUUUUCGAAUCAACCGAUGAUAUAUUUUUAUUAUUGUGAAAUUCGUUAAUGAUCUCCAAAACCAAAAUGGAUUCAUCAAAUCCAAUCGGGUAUUUACAAAAUUUGUGUUCAAAAAUUGGAUGGCUUCUGCCUAUUUAUAAAGAAAUUAAACCAUCUCAACAAUCUACCAAUAAAUUGAUGUAUUCAACUCAAUGUAUAUUGAAUGAUAUUGUUGUCAUUGGUGAAUCGAAUACGAAAAAAAAUUCAAAAAAAGAUGCUGCCAUAAAAAUGAUGAAAUCAUUGAAUGAAAAUUAUCGUUCAACUAUAACAAUAUGUAAUCUUCAAACUGGCAUUAAAGAAGAAAAAAUUCGAUUACUACUUUCGGAUAUUCAUUCAAUAAAAACGAUUAAAAUGUUGUACGAUAUGCAUAGUAAAGGAUUAGCAAAAGCUGAAGUGAUUGUUGGCGAUAUAUUGGAUAUGCUUGUUGCUAAGAAAUUAUACAAUGGUUAUUCAUAUCAAAACCGUAAACUUUCUGUAACUUGUCAAGCUGAAUUGAUCAAAACGCCAGAGAUUGACAAGCAAACAAAACGUAAACGAAAAUCAAAAAGAAAUCGUUUGAAUCGUAAAUUUGCCAUGUUGGAUGAAGAAAAACCAAAAAAACAACACCAAAUGGACAUUUUUCUUGGUACUGAUGAUGAUGAUGAAAAUGAAAAUGAUAAAAGUUCAAAAAAAGAUGUCCAAGAUGACAAUGACACUGAUGAUGACAACAAAUUUUUGGUUAUCGAUGAUUUUACUCAUCCGAAAAUUGUGCCUGAUCACAAACCAAUUGUUCCAUUGGAUUCCGAAGUAAAUGGUUAUGAUAUUGAAAAGAAAUCUGGCUCAGAAUUUAGUUAUUGUGAUGGCGACAAUAAAAUUGUCAAUAUUGACAACAAUAAUAUCAAUUUUCAAUCGGUUUCUUAUCAUCGUGACUAUAAAAAACUUGGUUUUGUUGAAUCUGGUGAAGAUCGUUCCAGAAUUCUUUUGACUCAUUCCAUUAAAAAUUGUUCGAAAUUCAUUUGUGCUAGUAUGAUUAACUCCGAUGAUGAAAUAAUUAAUUGUGAAGCAAUUAUCGAUGAUAAUGAUAAUGAUCAACAUCCAGAAAUUGUUCCAACUGAUUUUUCAGCUGAUGAUAAACAAAACGACACGAAAGAAUUGACCAUUGAUGAAUCCAUUGCUCGUUAUUAUCAACCUGUUAGUGAUGAAGAGAUUAAAAAAUUACAAGUUGGCUGUUGUAACACAUAUAUGGAUGAUUUGUGGGAAGAUUUCCAGAAAGCUUUGAAAACAAGACAAAAUAUGAUCAACGGCAAUGAUUCAGUCGAUGAUAAUGACUCAGCUAUAAUUAAUUGUGAACCAAUGGUCGAUGUUUCUAAAUCGGUUCCAAAUCAACAUGACUAUAAAAUACCUGAUCAUAAUGAUCAAUCCGAAGAAGAUCGUUCCCGAAUUCUUUUGGUUAAUUCAAUCAAAAAUUGCUCAAAAUUUACUUGUGCCGAUAUGAUCGACGGUGAUGAUUUGGAUAAUUCGGAUUCAUUUGAUUAUGAAUCAAUUGUAGAUGAUGAUGAUGAUAAAAAUCAUCGUUCAGAAAUGGUUUUUUGUAAUGGCGAACGAAACGAUAAGAAAAAAUUAAUCAUUGAUGAUUCUAUUGCUCAUUAUUAUCAGCCUAUCAGCAAGGAAGAAAUGAAAAAAUUACAACUAGGCAGUUGUAAUACAUAUAUCGAUGGAUUAUGGGAAGAUUUUCAGAAAACAUUGGAACCAAAACAAAAACUUGCUACCGAUACUUUGUGUGAUGGACUAUUCCACAAAUGAAUGAACAACAAUUGAAAUGACUACUAAUUUUUGAAUCUUUUGAAUGUAUGUAAUGUUUAUACUUAUUUUGAUUUAUUGAAAAAAAAAUGAUUCCUAAUGACCAAAUAAUAAAAUCCUAAAUUUAUUUCA